CACUUCCGAUGCUUGAACAAAAUGGCGGAAUCAAUUUGUCAGAACAAAUUUACAUGAUACGCUAUGAUGGGUGUUUAAUUGAUGUAAUGGAUUGAUCGGAAGUGUAUGAGCUUAUUUAUUUUAAGGUAGGUGAUGCGUUAUUCUUGUCGUAUUUUAUUUGACUGCCUGAUUGUUUAUAGUGAGUCAAAAUGGCCGCGCGUUCAAUGGUUCUAUUUGCUUUCUUCGUCAUUUAACAGCUUUCAGCUAAAAACAUCUCGGUGUUGAUCACCGUUGAUUUUAAAGAUUACAUUUUAUCUCUUCUCAUUAGGCUCAGUCACUUUUAUUUUUCCUAUUUCUUUCACCAAAUCAUCGAAAAUUGAAUUGUUUCUCGAGCUCAUCAUAUGGACUUGUCAUUUUCAGUUCGGAAGCUAUCGGAAUUUUCCGAGACCUUACGUCUGGUUACGACAGUGACGUCACGGAAUUGAUGGAAAGCAACAAGCGGGAAUGAAGUUGUAAUGGCGAAAAUAGACUGUCAUUCUUUACUUUCUGGGAGCUCAUGGAGUUCCUUCGAAGAAGAUUCGCCCAUGGAGGAGCCAGAAGGUUUGUACAGCUAUUGUGCUUUCUAUCUGUCGCCGCAAUUGCGUGAAAAAAUGCCAAGAAAACUUUUUUCAGGGGAUUUACCGUGUGUUAUUCUUUCCACUAUAGCAAUGGAAGUGGACGAAAACAAUGGUUUGGGUUCCGUAGAAGCCACCCGAUUGCACCAAGAAGGUAAUGAGUGUGACUUUUAAAAGCUAUACUUACUUGGAAAAAUGAGAUAUUGUUGCACAAAAUGCCAGGUAGUUGUUUCCGCCCAGGGCAAAAUUUACUACUAUUGGGUUCUGUUACUCGCAGGUUGAAAGUAAUUAGCAUGGGACAAUCGUGUGGACUGCCUAUGUACGUGCACCCCCCAAACAGAUCGCUGUCUGAGAUGUACUUGGCUGUUCAUCUGUGGCUCAUUUAACAUAGAUUAGAAGAAUUUAAGUUUUGUUUCACAUAAGCAGCUCGAAACCAAACAUGCUUUAAGUUUUGGAGUGGCUUACACGUUUAUUAAUAAUGUAAGCAGGACAUGAUUAACUUUAUAUGCUUCACGCUUUGAUCUACAGAUAUGACCCUGUUCGGAAUUUGCCCAGAACAAGAGGAAAUUAUCCUUGUUGUGUGCAAGGAGUGUGGUCGCGUGGUGAAAGCAUCGGCAUUGUUACGGCAUUGUGGUAAGUUCCUUCAUGAAAAAAUUUUCACUUUAAUGCGUUUAAUAAUCGACUCAACGCGUUGUGACAAAGACUCCUCACAUUGUCAUUUAAACAUCGUGUCACUUUCAGCCUUAGAACCAAAACAUAGCGGUAUUUGAAAUUCAAACUUUGCGAGUUUGAAACAUUAACUUAUAUAUUUUUGUUUCCGUAUUAUCUUAAAAUCCUGAAUUAUAAACACUUUUUGCUUGGUUUUUAAAUUGAAUCAAUACAAAUGUUCAAUUAAUAGUGCUUUUAAUUUUGUCUGUUUAUUUAGUCUUUCCUGGUCAUAUAGUUAGUAUCUCUGACCAACUGUGAUAUUAUUUUACUUCCUGGUUUCAAAGUGGUCUCUGUGCUCUUUUUAUUUUAACAAGCUCGCUGAGAUAAAAUUUUGUUUUCUAAAUGGCAAAUAUACUUUUUAUCGCCUGUGAGACAAUGUAACAAAAUUACUUGUUGAUGCAUAGUUGAAGAUGGGAAAUCUAUUAGAGUGAACACUGAGUGUUCAAGUAGAGAGAUAUCAAAUAGUUCCCAUCAAAACAAUUUCAUAAAUGCUCUCAUUCUUUAAAAUAAAUAAAUAAAAGAACUGAGUGUGUACCAGUUUGAUGCUUCAGGAUACACUUACAUUAAACAUGAUUCUAAGUGCCUGAGCAAACCCUUGGACAAGCUUUGGUCAACAACUUCUCAGGUUUCAGACAUAAAAGGGAGUCAGUAACAGAAACAAAUACUGUGUCUGUUUCAAGAUAUCUUCUUCAAAUGUUUAACAACAAGUGAAUAUGUUAAAAUUUGUUUCUUUUUCCAAAGGGGAGCUUAAAGUGGCUAGAGGACAUUUAUUAUUAUUAUUAUUAUUUGUCACAAAAUUCCACUACUUACAAGCUCUAAACUUCCAAUUUAUUGACAAAAUUACAGCUACAUAACAAAGGUGAUCUGAAAGAUGAUGCCUGAGUGCUAUAAAUAAAUCACACAACAUACAAACUGAAAUAAAGUAAUGAAACAAAUAUUGGGUUAAAUUUUCUAAUUCUGCCUGACUCUUAAUCUAUUUUUAUUUUGUCUUUUCUGUUCUUUUGAUCUGUUCUAAUUUUCCAUUAAAUUCUUACAUUUGUUGACCUGGACCAUGUUAUUUGGCACAUUAUCUUUUAACCCUUAAACUUGGACCUUUUUUGUGGAUUUUUUGUUGGCCACUAUUGAGGAUGAAAGGCUUAAUCUUCAGUUCUUUAUUAGUUCAUGUUGAGGAUACAAAGAAGAUUCAACGUGGCCGUGUGGAAAUACAAAAUUUCUCUUUGUGUGUUUAAAAAUACGCUAACAAGUGAAAUUUUGUAUCUACAAGCGGCCAUGUAAUGUUCUAUUAAAUAGAACAUUACAGUGAAAUACCAAACCUGUUCUCUUUCUCUUUUCACUGUGAAAGGAGCAAUUUAUCAUGUAACCAUUGCAAUGGAGCUCUCUUCACCUGUGACGACGACGUGUUAUUUUCAGAUGUAAAUAUAUCAUGGUUUUUGUGCGAAAGUUCAUCUGGUUCUUAGUUAGUGGUUGCAUAAUAAUACCUAUCCUGAUAGCAGUUUGGAUAUUAUAUCCUAAUUACCAUAAAAUCUUGCAAACGUUCACGCUGAAUAUUUUUCAAGAAUUUAUUAUUGACAGGACUUCUGAUACUGCACGCGGUCGCGGGGCUGUAAAAUCCAGAUAAAUCUGCAAAAUUCACAAAAACGUGCAAAAUACCCCAAAAUUCACUAUAAAUCUUAUCUAAUACAUAACAAAUAGAUUCCAUGUUGCUGUGCGUCUGUUCAGUAAUAGAUCACAGAUGACGUCAAAAUGUCGUAAAAACAAAGAAGUGGCAUACGAGGCGCAGGCGAGUGUGUCACUGUUGUUUUUACCACAUUUUGACGUCCUCUGUGAUCUAUUACUGAACAGACCCACGGCAACAUGGAAUCUAUUUGUUUUAUACAAUGAUCAGAAAAGAAAAAGACCAAUACACAUACCUGCCUCGAACCGCUUGACCUUUUGAGGAUUUGUGCUAGUUUAGGCAUUUUUUAAGUCCCAAACACAACUUUUCAUCUUAGCUUCUUCUUUAUCUUACUUGUGUACAGUUUCUUCGAAACGUUUUUCACCGUCUUUUCUUGCUCAAAGAAGAAUAAUAGCGAAAACAAUUUGCAAAACAGCAAGUCUCUCGUAGCAAAGACACACGAUGGCAACUGUUGUGAAGAUUUCUUGUAGUUUAGGCAUUGUCAAGUAGUCAAUAGCUUUUUUGGUCUCCGUUUCUCCAUUUUUCUUCUUUGUAAAUAGCUCCUGCUAAACUUUUUCCGAAGCUUUCACUUGCCUCAAUCCGAAGUAAUCUCACAAACAUUUUCAAAACCGCGUGCCACGUUGAACAAAACAAAGAAAACAAGUUUCCCGUGACGUCAUCCAUGUAUCUGUACUCUAAUAGAUCAUGGGCAAUGACCAAUCACAGCUCGCAUAGCAUUCACAUCAUUGUAUAAAUGUCAUUAUUAAAAACUGAAUCAUUGGAUAAUGCAAUUCUAGCAUUUUGAUUGGCUUAGCCGUUAUGGUAUAUGAGCUAAUAUACCAUGUUCUCCAUAUAUGGUCGGUGUACGCGUCAGUUUAAAAUUGGAAGCUAGCUGAGAUUUUUUUUCGCGAAGGAUAGAACGGCGCCCGAAGCAAAUUGUUUUAAUUCAUUUCUUAGAAUACUAGAAAUGCAAUUUCAUCGAAAGAAAAAAGACAAAAACAAACAAAAAAGCCACAAGAGCUUGUUUGAAAGUUUGUCGAAAAACACAUGAAAACACAUGGAACUAAAGUACCUUGACCAGCUACGAAAGAAGACAAGUGUUGUUUCUUCAUGAUCGCGAAGCCAUUCGCCGAUCGAGUCACUCGCCGAUAGAUAACUGCAGCUUGUUUAUCCGACAUCAAGAAUAUAAAUCACAAGUAACGAGCUACAAAUACAGUCUAUGCAGCCAUUCACUAGAGCAAUCGAGGCGGCAGUAUAGCUUCUUUUCUCGUUCAGCAAAACCAGCUUGUGGCUUCAAACAACUUCAUAACAAGCGACCGAGGUAAUACCGGUAGUUUUUCUCCGUUGUUCUUACUUUUAUAACUGCACCGAAAAUCCAAAUUCAUAGUAAUUUCGACGGCUGUCACUUAAAAUUCCUUUCCUUCACAUUAUCUGCCAGGUUUUUUCAGCUGUUCUGCUGUGUAAAAUCCUAGAAUCACUAUGAAUUUUUAAAAAACUAAUGUUCAUCGCUACAAUGUUUUGAUUUUUCAUUCAUGCAGUCUAGGCCAGUCCAUUCGUGCGUUGACAGUUUUGAUAGACGUGUAACAUGUGAAUAGCGGAAGUCCCUUGUCUUUUCCGGUUUGUUCUAGUCGGGGCGAUUCAACGAGAUUUUGUGGGCGUUUUUAAUAAAACAAUUAUUCCACUCGGGCUUGUUGGAUAUGAAAUGAUUAUAGCCAACUCGGCGCUAUGCGCCUCGUUGGCUAUCGAUCAUCUCAUAUCCAACGUGCCCUCGUGGAAUAAUUGUUAAAUACAACAUAUUUGAAUCUUAUCUCAGCUAUUGGGGUUUUUAAAUUGCCGUAAUCUUGCAGAUUUAUCUUGAAUCACGAGCAAACAACGUCCCACGACUCUUAAGGGGUAAAUUAUGUUCCGAUUGUUUUUCGGCAAAGUUAGCCCCAAAAAUUCCUGUGAAAUGGGCCAAUUUUUCUGCAAAUCUGUCUCUGAAAAUCCCGUGAAAUUUGACUUUUUUUCUGCAACCUAUCAGAAGCCCUGUAAACAAUUAACCCAGUGUUUAAUCCAAUGUCCAGUCCCCUUUAUCAAAGUCUAAACUACUCAAGUGCACCUUAGUUUUGUAACCCACUUUUAAUGUUUGGAUAUUGAAUAUGAGUAUUUGUAGGCACUGAAGGAAGCCAUUUCCAAGGAGCUCUUGGGCUCUUUUUCAUUAUGAAGCUAAGCCCAUAGUCUGUGGUGUAAAAAAAGUUUUUCCUUUUUUUCAAAUUGAACUUAUUUUGAAUUGAAAGGUUGCUCUUGGCAUUACUUUGAAAUUGAGUGUUUUUGGAACUUGAGAUGGUCUAUCUUUAGAAAUGCACAACCCAGCCCCUUAAACAAACACACCCUGACUACUCUCAACCCUCCAUAAAUGAUGAUUUAGGUGGCACAAUUUUUUGCUUAUGACUAUUGUGCACGACUAGCAUACGUCAUUACCUCACAACAGAUUGUGUCGUGUAAAUUAGACAUACGACAUUCACACGACACCUGUGGAUGUCGUAAGUGAAAAUUUUGCGGGUGUGGAUGGUCGAAAGUAAUGAUGUAUGCUAGUCGUGCACAAUAAUCAUAAGCAAAAAUCGUACAGCCUAUCUAAAUCAGCCUUAAGACAGACACCUUUGGGAUAACUGGGACUAACUGCCUGUUUAAGACUGAUAUUCGUCUUAUAAAAAGUCAAAUAAGGGAAGUAAUUGAAGGCAGGGACCAAAUGUGGGUGUCUGUUUUACCAAGGUGUUCGUCUCCUAGAACAUGGUUCAUACUGGCCCUGAAAAGUCCUUGGAAAAGCAUCAUGUCCUUGAAAAUCCUUGAAAAUUGAAAAAUUGUGGAAUAUGCGUGAAAAGUCCUUGAGUUUUCCACAGAAGUCCUUGAAUAUUUUUGAAAACGACUUGAAUAAGAUAACCUUCGUUAAAAUUAUAAUGGUUUGCGCAAAGGAAUGAUUGAAAACACAGCAAUACACAAAUUUUCUUGGUGGUCAUGAAAGUGUUUUCUUAUGAUUUUGGUGUUUUUUGUUCAUCUUCUGUUAUUUGAAGUACCCUAGGAACUGUGCCUUAAUGAAGGAAGGUAUUACAAUAAGCGAACCACCCUCCACCUUCACAUUUUAAAGGUCUUUACUUCAUGUUAUUGGGGAAAAGAAGUCCUUGAAAAGUCCUUGGUUUUUUCCCAGAAAAUUCUGUAUGAACCAUGGAGAGGUGUCUGUUCAGAAAGAGUUGACUACACUUUGGUAACCAUUGUUUUUUCACCUCCAUUAUUUGUAGAGCUCCAUCAUAAGAAGACCAUACCUGUCCCCACCCCCUCCUCUCCUGACAUGGUAACGACAUCAAGUGCUGUAGUAGAGACACUUCUCCAAUCAGGCUCAAGGAAAGGAAAAGUUCUAGACUCAGUCAUCACCAAUCAGAAUAUUGAACUGAUGGACGCCACAGUAAAAAUUGAGGAAAUGCCACUGACAGUGCCAUUAUUCAAUCAUGGUCACUCCACUAUUGUUAAAACGGACACUCUUGUUAAUAAUGUAUUAAAGAAAAAUUCUGCUGAAAAAGCUUCAAAUAAUAAAAAAUCUCCAAGAAAACAGAUUCCAACAAGAGGUAGGUUGUCCGUGACUAUCAAGUAGUUUUUAAUAAUCAAUGUUUCAAAAAGAUUAACGAUUGUAUUUAAGGCUGGUUUGCAAGCGUGGCUUUAAAGAUGUGUUAUGUUUUGUUUAAAAAAUAAGGUAUACAAGGCUGUUGCUAAGAUUUUAGGUUGCCUAAUACAUGCAAUUGGUAAGACCAGGAAUUUAACUGCUGGAAAGUUCUCUGGAUUCUAUUUUGAUAGCCAUGCCAAGCCACCCACUGCAGCUUGACCUUCGUUCCAAAUUCAUAAAAAUGUACACACAACAUACCCCUAGAAAGUUGGGACACUAACAAAAUUACAAAGUUGCACAUUACAUUCAAACAGCCUACAAAACUGAAAUCUUAGGGUGGGUGGGUGGGAAGGUCAGUAACAGCGGACUCAACAAAAGCAACUGCCUGCCUUCUGGUCACAUGACCUAUAUCCAGGCCCCCAGAGAAAAGCAUUUUCCACUUAUUUUGUUACACUCACUCAGUGGAAAAAUACCCUUCUUUUGUUGCUAUAAAAGUAGCCAGGGUUCAUGCCUAUUGUCAGUAUAGUAGCUUGGGGGAAUCCCCGUCCCCGCUUAGUGACAGCCUUGCAGUGUGGGUGACCUGUGCUAUUGUUUGCUUUAUUCUAGAUUGCACAUGUGAUGCAAUGAUCCAAGGAUAAGCUUAAAAAAGAGGAAUUUCCUAUAAAUUAUUAGAGUGUGCGCUUUUAAUUUCACUGUUGUUUUAAGUCGAGUGGGCCCUUUAGGGCACUGCGUAAGAAAAAAGCAGCAGAAGAAGAAGGAUAGAAGGAAAAAGGAAAAGGCAUUUAAUAACAACAGUUUUACCUAACAUAACAUUUGCAUUAAUGGUAAAAUGUUGCAUCUGAAUCAGAUCUAACACCUGUAAUUUAAUAGACCAAUUUUGUUAUAUCAAAAAUAUUCAAACUUGACACCAAGUCUUAGGGGAAUAAUACGAAAGAAAUCAUCUUGAGGCUGAGCAAUAAAAAAAGUACAUUUCUUUUGUUUUAGUCCCCCAAGACUUGAAGGGAGAACUGGUCUAUUUAUGAUUUUAUUGUCUUUAAACUGCAACUAGAAAAUCAUCAUACAGUUGACUCCUGAUAAGUUAAACCUUGAAGCCGGGGAAAUAGAAAAAAGUUUGAGUUAUCGGGAGUUUGAGUUAUCAAGGGUAAAAUAUUGUUAUAUAGAAAACGAUCCAAAGGGAAAUGAAAAUUGCUUCGAGUUAGCAGAAGGUUCGAGUUAGAAGGUUCGAGUUACCGGAGGUCGACUGUACUUCAUAAAUGGCUGCCUGUUUUAGAGUGGUACAUUUUAGUGGUCUAAUAGAGGUUGAACCAUGCUGGUAUUGAUCUCCUUUAGGUGUUUAUUAAUAAUAAAGUAUUGUAAUUGUUUGAGGAACAUUUCACCUCUCUCUGUAGAACGAGAGUUUGAUGCUGACAAGCAUUGUGGAGUUUGGGUAGCGGAACUUCAAAAGCAGUGUACACGCUCGCUUACUUGCAAGGUAGGAGAAAGGCUAGUGUGGAUAGUUUUGAUAGCGUCAAGCAAUAAAUGUAAGAACAGAGAUGUUAGUCAAAUGUAUUUUAGUUAACUUCUAACUUGAAUCUUUACACUCAUGAGACUUAAAGGGGUUCAACCACCUGAUGAAUUCUGAUUUUCACCUUCCAUCACCGGGUGGUUAAAAAAAGUUAUGUAAAGGGUUUUGUUUAUUUUUUUUUUCUUGCGACAGUCACUCAGAUAUUGAUUACAAUGUUUCAACCACAUACUGCAGGCAGGGUGUAAAGAAAGUCAGUUUUACAGCCUGCCAUUCAGGCAAGCUGUAGCUAGUAUGUACUAGCCCACAAGUCAUUUCAACCAGCCCCAGAACCCUUUUCGAUUAGCAGGAUUGGUUGUAAUCCAUCUUUAAUUUGAAUUUCCUCCCAAAACAGUACUUGCCUGUCGAGCAAGUUGAGAACAAAAUCCACUAGCCCUGGGCUCUACAGGACACGACUUUCUUUGCACGCUGCUGCAGGUCUUCAUCAGGUGACAGCGUUGAUUACUGAGUGGGACUAUCUGUACCACCGUGGUCGUUAGUGACUAGUGUAUCCCGAACCUCGCUUAUGAUUGGUUGGUUGGUUUCGAUCCAAAGCAUUGUUGGCAUUUUUAGAGGAGGAAACUGUUCCCUCAGUGAUCCCCUGUAGUAGUGAUUGGCUGCUGUGUUGACUGAUUAUAAGCAUUCCUGCUUCAGGAUUCUCAGUUCCAGUCUCUGUUGAUGUUGUCAGGAUGAAAUCUUAUGUGAAUAGCCUCUAUAACUCAAUGAGAGUACAAGCGAGGGUCUCGGUCCAUAAACUUAACCUCUUCCCACAUUAUAGCUGUGUACUGUUGUUACCCAUAACUUGCUUGAGCAGUUUGAAGAGGGUUAUCCAGAAAAAAUUACAAUUAAAUAGAAGUUGUAAUAAAAUCAAAGCUACAUGCAAAAAAUUAUUUAUGUUAUUGGUUAAUUUAAAGCAUCUUGCAAGUCUAGUAGGGAACUAAAACUAAUAUUAUUAUUGUCAAACAGAGUGUUAAAGGUAAAUGUUGUUAAUAUAAGUGUCCAAAAGCUAGAAAAUAACACACUAAUAUAAACAUGAAUCUCCUUCAGACACAUGCUCUGUCAUUACGGCGUGCUGUUCCCGGCAGACGGAAACCUUUUGAUGAACUGCUUGCCGAACAUAAAGCACGGGUGAAUUGUGAGAAAGAGCAGCAGCAAAAUCAAGCUCUUAAACUACAAGAACAGGCAGCACAGAAGUCCUUAGAUGCUACUCUUAAGAGAACAACAAGUACAUCUGAAGCCUCGGUGACCUCCUCAGAAAGCUCGAGGUUGGUAAAGUUUACCUUUGUAUUUUAAUGAUUUGUUGCUAUGCAACUGCAGCAGCACAAACCCAUCAAUUUAUAAACGUUAAAUUCCAACUGAAGUUAUCUUAGUCUGAAUUAAAAUUUCAUGAGCUGCUGGUUGGCUAAACACUAUUUUUGUUUUAUUUUAUUGCUCAUUUACCAUGUGCUCUGUUACCAUGCUUGAGAUCCAAUGUGAACACGUCCAUUUCCCUGAGAAAAGUAAUGUCAAGAUCGUGAAACUGGGCACGAAAGUGGACAUUGGUUUAUACCUGAGUGCACUUUGAUCACAGUUCACUGCUUUGCAUACUCAUAACUCCUGGCUAUGCUCACAUUUCAAAAUGAUGUCUGACUGAACGAUAUAGAGUAAAAAUGCACAGGGUUACUUAUUGGGCAGGACCACCAGUUUAGUGUGUUAUCCAUUUUGUGAGCUACAGGGGCAAGUUAUCAUAUAGUGAGAUCUACUGGUUUUUCAACAUUUUCCCCGCAAGAUCUUGAAAUUUCAUCACCUCACUGGCAAUAUCUUGCCAGGAAGAUGUUGAAAAUAUAAGACCUUACCUUGAAGAUGAUGAAAUUUGAAGCCCUUAUUGGGCACUCAGUGUGUGAACACACCACUUUGUACACACAUGUACCAGUACCCAGAUAUUGGUGCUUGGGUAACAAGUGUGAACAUGUCUUCACGCACCAGUAUGUAUUGUGUGAGAUUUAAUGAAACUUGCUUGCCUUUGACAACAGGUCAACUAUUGGGAGAUCUUCGUCCAUAGAAGGUGAAUUUAUUUGCUCUUUGUUGUAAUAUAUUUCCUUGAUUUAUUGUGAUUAUUCACUAGUGUACAGUUGUAAGGUCGAUAAUAGGUUUUUGUAGUUGCUGUUGAAAUAAUGUAAACAAUGAUGAGGAAGACAGUUUCAAAAAUGUCUCUUGAAAUGUUAAUAUAUUAUUAUGCUGUUUUAAACUUUAUUGCUCGUCUUCCAUGUUGUUCAUUUUGUCGAAUGUUGGUGAAUUUUUUUGGCGUUGAAUACUUAAGGACUGUAUCUAAGUUAAAAAAAGAAGAAGAAAAAGGCUUUUCUUGCUUUUAUAACCCCAUCAAAGUGUAAAAAUCAGGAAGUUUCUUGUUGCAGUAUGAGGGCAAAGAAAUGUACAAAAAACAGGAUGCAUGUGCAGAGUUUUGCUAAUCUAAACCUAUUGCAUUUUUGCCCAUUCUUGUUGUGGUCGUCUUUGUUGCUUAAGCUUUAUCAUGUACCUUUACUUUAAUGACCUUUUACCCUUUUUCACAGAUGAAAAUGUUUGUGCAAGUGGAGCUGUCAAGACUUCUAAUGAUAAUGAAAACAGUCAUCCUGCUAAUGCCACAACCUUGAAUGGGGUGAUGACUUUAAAUCGUCAUCCUAGACCCAUGACAGUAAGUGAAUCAUUUUCAUCGUUACAUUGCUCUGUGACAGUUUGUACAUGUAUUAUAUCCAGCCUUGGGUCAACUUGCCAACAUUCAACACUGCCUUAAAACAUCAAGAAAAAUUUCAAACUUCACAAACUGAAAAGCAUGCUUGUAUUAAGUACCACAUGUACGAGUACCUCUCGAUAGCUUUCAGUUAAAUGGUAACUCUUUAGGAUCUCCAAAAACUCAAAAACUACAGCCACUUUGUGUAGCAUAACCACAGAAAAGAUCAGCCCUGUAGCUUUCAUUUGAAUGGUCACACAUUAGGAUUUCAUCCAGACUCAACACUAACAACCACUUUGUACAGAAUAAUAAACAGUACCACAGGAAAGUACUGCUCUGUAGCUUUCGUUUAAAUGGUCACAGUUAAGGAUUUCAUCCACAGAGAAAAAGUAAGAACUACCUUGAACAGUGUACACUGUGCAGUGUAACAGGAAGGUAACCCCCCAGGAAAUUUAUUGUCUUACACAAAUUUCUUCUUUUCGCAGUCUUGUCGUUUUGGAAGUAGAUCAGUAGGAAGAGGCUGUUAUGUUUUCAAUCGCAGAAGUGAUCAUCUCCGAUGUGCUGUUCUUUCUAUGGUAGAGAGAUGUCUUAAUCCAUCACUCCCAAGGUAACAAGAAAACCGUGCACCUUGCUUUAAUGAAAUGUACUGAGACAUGGUUCGCAUGGGCCUUGAAAAGUCCUUGAAAAAGCAUCAUGUCCUUGAAAAGUCCUUGAAUUUUCCCCAAAACUCCUUGAAUAUUUUUGAAAGCUCCUUGAAUGAAAAUAGCCUGUUGAUUACAAAAAGUGUUUUGCGCAAAGGAAAGAUUUGAAAGCACAGCAAUAUGUAAAUUUUCUUAGUGAUCAUGAAAGUGUGUUUUCGUGUAAUUUUGGUGUUCCCGCUAAAGUUCUUUUGCCGUUAUUUGAAAUAGCCUACAUGUAGGGUAUUCGUCUUCCUGGGGGAAGGUAUUGCAAUCAUUGCAAUAAGCGAACCCUCCUCCACCUAUGCAUUUAGAAGUACGGAUAUUUCAAUAUUGUUUUGAAUUGGAAUGGCGAUGGCAACCCAGUCAAAAAGAUUAAGGCAGAAGGGUCAGUGUCGGUACAUUAAGAAGCGGGAAUUUGAGGAGAUUGAGGAAAUGAAAAAGAAAAAGGCAAGAGUAGAUUCCGAUAUAUGACUGAAACACCAGACAAACUUUGCUUGAAAGCAGAAGCCACAGGCAAAUUAACUUUUGUCACCCUAGCCAAUUCACUCAGAAAAACUCACUGCCUAUAGAAAAUGCAAGAAUUGGCUGACUUGGAUGCAAAGAUUUAUGUCAGUUUGCAAAAGCUCAAACAAUAGUCUAGUCAGAUUGUGUCCGUAGUAGACGCAAAUUAUCUGAACAUUUUCCACAGGUUUGUAAUUUUACUUCAUGUCAUUUUAUGUCAAAUUAUGGGAAAAAGAAGUCCUUGAAAAAAUUAUUUUGGUCCUUGAAAAGUCCUUGAUUUUUUCCCAAAAAAUUCUGUGUGAACCAUGUGGCAUAUCUGGUCUUUCUUGCCUCAACAAAUUAAACAUAGGAGACAUUGGACUUGUCUUUUGAGCAAGCAGCUUUCACAUUUUGCUUGGACAAGGCCACUUCUUGCUCGUCUUAGUUAAUGAUUAAUUUUUAUUAGAGGAUGACUUGCCUGGACUCUUCCCCAUUGGGCAAGUGCGCUUUAAAAGUUACUUGCUCAUCAAUAAAAUUAAUAUACUUGUCACGGACUACUGGACGGAGUUUUUUGGGGGGCGGAAUGCGUCUCUUUACAAGGCCCCACAGAAUUGACUGUGAAGACAUAGAAAUAUAACAAUGACUGUAUCCCUAAAACAAUGGAGCUGCGUGUUAUGGAGAACCAAUGAAAUUAGAAGUUUUUAGGAGCUGCCUACUAUCCCCUUUUUGCCCUAGACUACCAUUUUCAUGCACCCCUGGGAGUUAUACAGUCAGGUGUAUUGCUGCCUGUAGCUUAAUUUACAGUAAGCUAAGGUUUUGAUGAAGAGAUAAAGGAUAUAAAAUCAACUGUACCACAUCGUGUUUAAAAUUCAAGAGGAACAGGCACCAAAGGGAACAAAAACUGCAACAAAACAAAAAAGAGAUCGCCACUGAAAAGUCUGAUAGAGUUAAAGGGACAUUUGCUAUGCUAUCUUGAAACACCUAUGAAUGGAUGAAAUCUAGGCAAACAACGUUUAUUACUAAAUCCAAGAGGUGAAUGUGUUUAAGUUGGAUCCAUUAUGUCAGCUGUACUGCAUGUAUCAUGACAUCAAAUUUCUAAAAUGGAAAAUGUUAUUUGCUUCAAAAGUGUGCCAAAAGUUGGAUCCUCUUGACAAAAAUCCUUGACCUGUUCCUCUAGUGGCACACAGCAACAAAUAAAGACUGCUCAUCUUUGUAACUCAUUAACUUAAUUCCACUUGAGGAUUAUUAGUAGUUGUGUGACUGCAGUAAAAAGAACAUUUUCCACUUACAAUACGCUGUAUUUCCACUACAAUAACAUCUGUUUGCUGCAUCUCAUGUUGCUUUUCAACAGAACAAAAUCUAACAAAGCAAGUGCUGCCAUACUGCAAAGACCAGCUAUGAGAACAGUAGGGCAGUCUUCAAAUCAAGGUAUCCUCAAUACUGUCGUAUUUCUUGUUGGUAAUGUAUUGUGUCUUGAAAUUGCCCCGAGGGGUUACACCCUAUAAUGGCCUUUACAGGAAGGCCCCACCCAAAAAGGGGUAUUACCAUUUCUAGGCUUCUGCUGCCAGUCGUUCAAGAGGUGGAUAGUGCUAUCUACUAGAUAAAUCACUAUCCAGCGGAAAAGUAUUAGAAAAAGCAAUUGCGUUAGCAAGGAGGCAAGUCCAGGUAUUAAUCCAGUGUAUAGUGUUAUCCACCUUUUGAACAAGUGGGGCCAGGUAUAUUUUAGGGAGGGGAUUUCACCAGUUGACGUAUAUGAAAGGUUAGGGAAGUCUGUCAUUUUAGUGUGUAAAAAGGCCCAUUGGGGAUAGCAGAUGCAUUUUUAAUGCCAGGUUGUGAAAAAGUUGAGAAAACAUUCUUGUUUUGUGAUUAAUUCACAUCACAAAGACAAAGUUGCAUUUACUGCAGUUUAUAAAAGGAUCCAAAGUUCUUAGGUAGGUUUUUGAAAAGGGCACCAUUUGUCAAUAAAAGGUUAUACAAAAGGGGUACCUUUCCUGUCAAAAAUGCUAUAUUCAAUAAAAGGGUUGGGGGUUUUGACUUUUUUUUCCAGACAUAAAAAUGUGCUAGGUUCUUACAAGUGGGUUUUUACUAUUAAUAGUACACUGUCUUACUAAGCUAUUUUUUAUGAUUUCUAAUAGGUUUAUCUUCAGUGUUAGAAAGAUAUAAAGGUCAUUCACACAAGACAUUGAACAAUUUUUUGAAAGCUCCACCUCCCCCGAGGAACAAGUCUUUAAAACAAGGGAGCAUUGGACAGUCUUUGAACCAUGUAGAAACAACUUUAAACAACUCAAGAAGCAGCUCAAUUCAAGGAACUGCCUUGCAGAAUAAAAGGACUUUUUUAGAUUCUAUUGGAACUUCAAAUGGUCCAACAGUAUCAACGUACAUUAAACCUGAUCCCAGCAGUCAGGCUAUUAGUGAUAUGGGAAAUAUUGUUGCAAAUAUUGAGACUAAUGUGUCUGGAGGACACCCACUUAAUCUUGGACACCCACUAGGUGUGACAGUGACAAAAGCAUCCAUUGGGCCUGGGCCUAACUUAAGCGUUGCUGGAAAUGCUACUUUAGACUCCAGUUUAAAUCUUUGCUCAGCGCUUGGUAUUAAUUCUGUACAAGGGUCAGUAGCGACCACACAGACUACAUAUGUCGCAGCUAACACGGUGUCUUUGAUAUCAGCUGCCAGUGGAAAUCAAAUUUCAAAUGUAGGAACAAUAACUGGACAAAUUCAACCUGGUUUUACUAAUGUAAAGGAAAUUCUACCUGCACCUGUAGCAGGAAAAGUAACAGUUGGUUCUGUGGCUUCAACAUCAUCAUCAUCAUCUGCAUACAAAGGAGUACAGGUGAGUUCUUAAUCAUUCUGCACCAAACAAUGAAUACAAUAGAGUAACAUCAUGAAAGAUAUUUUAUUAUAUAAACACCAAUAAAAAAAACUAGGUGAGCUUUUGCAUGAAAUCAUCAUAUCUUCACACAUGAAAAUAAUAUGUUAUCUUCAUAAUUAUGUGAAAAAAAUCACCUUUGAUAUGGCUACAUGGUAAAUAAAUCGUGCCUUUUGCAGCAAAAAAUAGUACAGUAAAUUGUUUUGGUAUUUCAUUGGUGAAUAUUACAAUAAAUAGAAAAUUAAUGGCUGCUUGGAGAAAAGAAAUUUCUUUUCUUGUGUUCACUGCACUCACUUGUGAAAUAUUUUUCAACACUUGAAGAAAAGUUUCGUAUCUCCUCCCAGCCAUGUAAUAUCCUCUCUCUAUAUCAAUGUUAAUGUGUAUAAGGGUUUCAUUUAUCAUUAUUGUCUUAGGAUAGUCACUUAGAUAUUGCUCUUUAUAGUCUGUUCAUGUUGUCCUUCAGCAGCAUAAUUAAAAAAUAUAAAACUGUUCAAGUGAGCUGGCCUUAAACUGCUGUUUACAGGGUCCGAAAUUGGGCCUUCCUGGUGACCAGAAUUUCAUAGCUGGUCGCCAGCUAGCGCCUUGUAAAGCUGGUUGCCAUUGUGGACUUAAACGUUCGGAGAAACUUCGAAGCUAUUUGCCAACAGGUGUCUUACUUUUUGUCCUGUUGAUAAAACAUAGUAUUUGUGGGGUUUCACAUUUCUUUUUUUUUUCCAACUCUAGCUCUUCUAGUUUGUCAUGGGUGGCCAAUUUUUUCAGGAGUUGAAUUUGGCAUAUCCUGAACUUUGCUCAUGAUUUGUGGGUUUCAAUCCAAAUGCUUUGAAUCAAAACCCACAAACCAUGAAGGAGGUUCAAUUUGAUGGCAUAAUACCGCUACUUGUAUCAGUUUGAUGUAGAUGUGUGUUACAGUAUUUUGUUCAUUCCAUUUGAUUCAUGGGAAAAUGAUAGGAAUUAGCAUUUUUCCUGUUUUUUUUUGCUGGUAUUUGUUUAACACAUUUCUUUGUUUAUCAUUUCAGAUCACUUCCCAAGUUGGUCCUUCAACUGGUGUGUAUUAUGAUGAUCACUUAAUACAUGUUACCUUCAGUUGUAGCCUGACAUUAUAAAAAUAAUAAUAAUAAUAAUAAUAAUAAUGAAAGUUAAAUCAUUAUUAAUAAUUAUUAAUAAUUAAUAAUUUAUUUGAAUGUCAUUAUUUUUCUUUGCCUUGUUAUAGGGAAGGUGACAUCAACCUCUGCUGGUCAGAGAGUCAGUCCUAUAUUCUUCAAACAGGUACAUUUCUCCUUACACUUGGGAACUUAAGCUUGAAUGUACACUUUCAAAAAAAACUAAAAUGUUUAAAUAAAUUAUUAAUAAUAAGUCACUUCAUUUAAGUUGUCCAGACCAAUAAUUGUUCCACGCUUUGUCUCCAAACAUUUCAAUCUUCCAAAGGCGAUUUGUCUCAUCUAGCUGAAUCCUAAAAUCUUAGCACAUUGAUCAAUGACUUUGAAGCGAAAUCCCCUUAACAUCCCAGUUUGAAGUCCACCAUCUUGUUAUAAGCCCUUCUGUUUGGAGGCCUGUCAGCCUGCUAAAAACAGUAUUUUGGUAUUUCUCCCUGUAGCUCGGCCGUCUACCCCUGGUAAACUCCCAGGUAAACUUAAAGUUCAUUUUUUUUCACUCUCCAUUUCAAAAUGAUAUUAUCAAGGACUUUUAAGGAUGGAUACACUCCAGCAAGGCUGUGCUCUCACGAAAAUUGAAGGGAGUGCAGUGCUCUGAACCUGUAAAAUCUAGGGUGCGCCGCAAAUGAUUUGUAUGAAAAAACUAAGAUUUUCUAGUUGCCGAGAGAAAAUGUUAGGCGCCAGGGGCCGCUGGGCUCUGAUAGAGCACAGCCCUGCACUCUAGGACGACUUUAAAUUUAAAAAAAGGAAAGUGAAUAGUGUGAGUAGAGUAAGUGUGGAAGGAUAAUCAUUGUUUCCUCGUGUCCCUGCUGAAUAUAAGCUCUCCGGAUCACCAUCCAAUCUAAAACUCCUACACAUUUUUGUAAUCCCAGGACUAAUUAAAUAAUUACGAUGGAUAAUUUAUCCAGGGUAAUGGUAAUGUGCAAGUGACGUCACUUCCCAAUGGCACUGGCCCGUCGCCACCUCCACCCCAGCCGGGAGAAACUGUCAAGGGAUACCCACUGAAUUUUGUGAUCAAGGGCAACUCAGCAACGCAGAAUGCAAUUACAUCUGUUGCUGGAGUUACAGCAUCAACAGCAACUUCUACAAAUCUUAGUAAAGGACAGAAUAUAAUUUUCAAUAACAUGAUCCAGCAUCAGUCACAGUUAGUUAUGCAGCAGCCUUCGUCCCCGUUGAGUACCAGCAUGCAUCAGCGAGGCAAGUUUACUUUGCUUAUGAAGUAUUUUGCUUGUGAUUUUCAUUACAGCUGUUUUGGAUAACAUGCGACCUGCGAUGUCGGAAACAUCUUUGGAUUUUAGGUUUUUCUGUGAUGUCAAUCAAAAUUUAGAGGCCUAGUGGCUAAGUUUUCUCACUCUAUGUCUUGUCAAUCGGGAGGAUUUAGUCUUUAAUGUUCUGUUGUGUGAUGUUAACUUUUCACGUUUUAGCUCUCAAGUAUUUUUUUUACCUUCUUACUGAAACAUGGCAAGUUUAGAUUCCCAAGGUGAAGACGACUGUGAAAUUUUUCUUUUAGCGGUUCCAAAACCAGAAGGAAGGAUUGGAUGCUAUGGUAACGGUUUGAUUGACGCCAAAGAAAAACCCAAAAUCUAAAAUGUGUACGACAAUGCAGGUCUAAUGUUAUCCAAAACAGCUGUAAGCCUUUUACAUUUUGUAAGUUAUAAACUCCAGCUAGCAUAUCAAGUGUAAGCAUGAAAGAUGGUAAAUAUGGUAAAUGGUUUGAACCCAGGAGUCAGCAAUCACCAGCACCUUACAAAAUAUAGUUGACUCCAGAUAAUUUGAAUCUUCAAAAGUUUCAGUAAUCAGGAGUUUGAGUUAUUGAGGGUAAAAUUAUAUAGAAAACAAUCUGAAGGGAAAUGUAAAUUGCUUCGAGUAAGCGGAAGGUUUGAGAUAUAGAAGGUUUGAGUUACCGGGAUUCGACUGUAGUGACUUACUGACAAACUCAAACAAAACUGGCAACAAUGGUGACUAGACAAACUGAUUUGACUAACAAUAAGAAUGAUCGUGGUUAUAACUUUGACAAAAGAUGGAUCCCAAUGCACCGCUCACAUUUACACUGUAGAGUCUUCAUAGCCUAUGACUUAGCAACUUAACUGACAGUGAGCCAAUAACAUUGUGACUUAAUUGACCAAUCAGGUCAAUAACCAGAGUUUAAUGCCAUCCUCUGACAAAACACAACUCUUUUUGAAGAGAUUUAAGAGGACUGCUCUACAGGUUUUAAAAAUAUCGGUCAGUGUCAACAAUACGGCCGUAUAACACUUAAAUGGCUGAUAAAAUAGUUUCAUUGUCAGUUCCUGCCGCAAUUCAGAGGUAGACAAAAACAAUGAUACAUGAUAAUAAACUAGUAUUAAAGAAAGAUAGUAUAUUUUUUUGUAGUUGCAUAGAAGGCCAGAUGUCUUCUCUUUGAUGAGGUCUUUAAAAAACAUCUCAGAUUUGGUUAAAUGACCGUCAUUUCUAAAACUUCAGUUUGGUGGUGUGCUAAGGGAAUGCAACAAAAAAUUGUUUUGAUCUGUGCAAACAUAUAAAUCUCAAAUUUGGCUGAUUUCUUUAUGUCAUUGUGAUCAUCAUAUAAAGAAUUCUUAGAUGCUCAGUUCAAGAGGGUCAGUUCAAGAGAUUUGGAAUGUCUUAAAUGUAAUUAAGAACUCUAAUGUCCAUUUUCAUUUAUAGGAAAAGUGGGGAAUGUUCGGCAAGGAUCUCCUCACAAAGGGGUGCAAAAGGCACCCUCUCCGUCAUCUCACGUGCAAGUGGUCCAGUCACUCUCAUCUCAGCAACCAGUCAUAACACAACAACAGAAGACUGUUGUAGUUACAAGUCCACAGGGCAACCAAACGAAGCUGUUUAUCAAUCACAAUAAUAUAUCAAGUUCCCAGCAACCAAUUGCACAGCUUAAGCAACAGGUUGCCCAACAAAAGCAACAGUUACAACAGAUUACUAUCCAACAGAUUCAGCAGCAGCAGCAACAACUUCAACAACAAAAACAACACAUCAACUCUCAACUUAUAAAGCAGCUUCCUAUUCAACCUCGCCUCGCACCAGCUCCUCCAUCACAAUCAUUCAUCUCACAACAACCUCUAACAGGUCAGAACGUUAUUGUCAAAGUCACAGAACAGCUUAAAAGUCCUCCAAAUACAGUGUUUGUCAAGACAGAACCUCGGCAAAACAUUCAGCACACCGUGUGCCAGAAACCACAAUCUAAUGUUGUUUGAUUCAUUUGUUUAUGUUUUGUUCCUGUUUUAAUGAUAUGCCACUGGUAUGCAAGGCAUAAAUGUAACAGAAGUUGUAAGUCUGGUGGUUCUUGUUUGUGUCGCCACAACUGAAUAACAUUGAAUGGACCUUUUUGUGAGGUAUUCAAGAUUUGAGGCCUUUGUCGAUGUAAUGGUAAGCAGAUCAUCUGGUUAACAAUUAUUAGUAGUACUCUUUUAAUAAACUCUUGCACUCAAAAGUGUUCCUAGGGUCACAAAAUAUUGUGAUUUACUAGUUUCACUAAAACGUAAAGCUAAAUCAAUUUUUUUCACACUUUCGCGGGAAAUUCAUCCACGGUUUCACUCCAAAGUUUUACUCCACAUAAUAGAAUGCACUGUCUGUAAAGCAAUGCUCAGUAGCUUUCACUUGAUUGGUCACAUUUUCAUUUUUCUUCCAGACUCAAAAGCCGCACAUAACUUCUUAACAUUUUCUUCGAGAGAUGGAAGUGAAUAAAGGCAGUGUUAGUAGUGUUUUUCGGCCUCGCUAAGUUUUGUCAGUGUAGUAGCUUCAAAGAAAGAUAUCAAAGUAAAAAAUAUAUUAAUAUUAUGUGAGGGUGAGAAAGGAAAAAAUAAUAUUUAAAUGCAAGCGUCGGAUGUAAAAUAUUAUGUUGUCUCCAACUGUUGUAGUUUUAUUUAAAAACAAUUUUUUUCUUUAAACCUUUUUUCGACAAGGUGAAAGAUAAGGUUUAUAUAAUAAGAAUGUGCAUGCGAGAAACAAAAUCUAGGA